CACGCACGCGCGUACCUUCUAGCACAGCGUGAUGCUGAACCAUGUUCGGAGACCUUGCCGGACAUUCCAUCAUCUAGUCGCUGUGCUUACCGUCGGCAGAGCUGCAGACAAGACGCGUACAACUACCCGUUUGAUGGCCCUGCUCAAGCCGCCGCUUUGCGGGCAGCGUCCAUGUCUUGACGAACGGCGACGCCAAUUUUCCCCAGCAUAAAUCAGAUAUAUACAGUGCUCACACACGACGCUCCAUCCAAGCACACCGCACAAUUAUCCCGUGCCGUAGUAGCGAGUCCUCCAAAGGCAUCAGAUUUGCACGUGCUACUGCAACUCAUCUGCAUGACCACUCCAAUGAAACAGCGAGUCGCCAGUGUCAACCAAGCUUUGCAGCUAGUCUUCUCAACUGUGCAUCCUACCUUCGACGGAGGUCGAAAAUUUCAUCCUAUAACGGCACUUCUCCGUCAAAUUUACGAAUUGUGCCCCGUCAAUGCCGUUGAGAUGCGCCAUUCUGUCGGCAGGAGAGCUGGGAAUUGCGAAGUGCAAGUUACCACUUUGAGGCAUCCAAAGCUGCAUAGUCUCCUUCGGAGCUCAAGCUGUCGCAUGUACAUGGGAACUCGGUUAUGGACUGGUGCCAAUUCGUCGGAGACAAAGCACUGAAGUACAUUAAUCUAACGAUCAUGAGCAUGCGCUCCGACGCAAUGCUCACUACGUCCAUCAGAAAAAUCCCUGCAGGUAUCAUUGGAACAUCCUAGCCCCGCAUAUGCAUCUACUUC